GAAGCAAAUUCACUAAGCGUGCCUGGUUAAGGCCCUCCAUGACGUUUAGAAACACUACAUGAUCCUCAAACGAUUUCACUGAUUUGUUUAAGAGGAUUUCACCAUAAAAAUUUACGUGGGUUCGACAUGUUUGAACAUGAAUCGUGACGACAAAUUGACAUCCUGCAACGAUAGAAAACAAAAGUUCCACAAUGUCGUCGCAAAUUAUGCUGAGUGUUCUCGUUUUGGUGUGCGUCUGGUUUGGUGGGAACUAUGCAGAUAAUUCGAAAUCAAUAGAACCACCCCUAUUGCAGGUGACGAUGCCCUGUUAAACAACUCAAGGGCGAGAAAGGCGAUACAGGCCCGGCGGGACCAGCGGGCGCAAAUGGACUGCCGGGGACAACAGGAUAAAGGUGAUCAAGGAGAAAAGGUGAAAAGGUGAAUGGGGUAAAUGGAAAAAAUGGAUCCAAGGGUGCAAAAGGGAUUCCAGGUGAUGAUGGGGAGCCAGGAAAAUCCGGCUCGAAAGGAGAAAAAGGAGCUGAAGGAAAAUGCAAUGAGCAGUGUGGAGAUAUUAUGGAAUUGCGAGAAAAAUUGAAAUCACUCGAGUCCAACUACACGAAGGAGCUUGCUGACGUAAAGGAACAGCUGAACUUUCUGAUGACCUGGAUUCAUCCUCUUGGAUCAAAGGAGAAUCCAGCAAUAUCUUGCAAAGGAAUACUUAAAAGGGACAGAUAUGCACGAAGUGGAAAGUAUUACAUCAAAGUAAACGACACGAAUUUCCCUGGGAAUAUGAUGCAGGUUUACUGCAUCAUGAGGGCGUCAUAUAAUUGUCCAGCUGGUAUAACACAGGUCAUGAAGAUAGACGGACGAAAGAAUACAUUCAGAUAUUCGUCGUCAUUUUGGUCGAACAAGAAAAUGUUUAAUCCAGAAAAUGGCAAAACCGGGUGCGAUUUCACGGAGACAAAAUUAGCGACGUAUUGGAGUACGCCUUUUGAAAGCAUUUGUGUACGCAUGCGUCCUCAUAAAUCCUGGUGGAUAUCAUCGCGAAAGAUUGAUAUUAAAGCGAACUCUCUAUACGACUUGAUAGCUCCCGGCAAAUACACAAAGACAAACUUCGACGUGAAUAGAGUUUGGAAGGGUUUGCUCGCUUAUUCCAAUCCGUCUCUGCAAACUCACUGCAGGAAGCAAGGUAUAAACGUGUACACGAGCCAUUCAGCCGUGAGGAUUGGAAUCAUUGGAAACAACGAGAAGGAUUGUAAUACACCUGACUCGUAUAUUGGUCUUGGUACAGAGGGAAGCUCGUGUGGACGAAAUCCUAAAACAAGCUGCGGGAACGAAGCGGGUUGUGGUGGUGACCGCGGUGAUCAACACAUCCAGAGCAUGGGGUAUAUUUAUGUUUAUUAAAUGAGCUGACGGGAUAUUGCAUGUCAGCUUGAUUGUGAUUAUUUUAAUUUGUGC